UUAUGAUCUCAUCGAAGAAGAAGAAGAAGAAGUCGUUAGGACAUUCAUGGUUUGUCGACGAAUUUCAGGCAGACUUCAAAGUGAAUCAGAGCCCUUCACUUUGAUAUCUCUCUCCCGCUCUCUCUGCGCGCGGCAGUGACGAUUGCGAAGAAGAGUCAAGGAAGCGGGGAGAGGAGAACUGUGAAAGGAUAGGCUGCGGAUUCCAUCCUCUGGACCGAGGCGGCUCAGUGAAGGCAGGGCCGAGGGCGGCGGUUAGUUGCUGCUGCUGUUCUUCUUCUUCUUCUUCUUCUUCUUCCAUGUCUUUGGAUGCGAGACGGUGAGUUCGUCGACGGCGAGGGGCGAGUGAGAUGAGGGGGAACUUGUUCAGCUGGAACCGCAGGACGGGGCAGAGAUGCAAGCAGUUCGUGAUCACAUCCGCCGGAUCCGUGAAGAUCAGGAUCCUCCUCUUCUGCUGCAUCGGAUUCAUGCUCGUCCUCCUCACCAGCUUCGCCGCUUCCUUCCUCAGGUUCAGCGAUUUCGCAGCUGAUGACCGCUUCUCUGGUUCCCGGAAAGGUUACACUAUCUUGAUCAACACAUGGAAGAGAAACGAUCUUCUGAAGCAGUCUAUAUCUCACUAUUCUAAAUGCCAGGGGCUCGAUUCUAUACAUAUCGUGUGGAGUGAACCUGAUCCUCCAUCAGAUUCUCUCAAGAAGUAUCUGAAUCAUGUGAUUAAGUCAAAUUCUAAAGAUGGCCGAUCUGUUGAAUUGAAAUUUGAUAUCAAUAAGGAAGACAGUUUGAAUAACAGAUUCAAGCCCAUUGCUGAUUUGAGGUCAGAUGCUGUUUUCUCCAUUGACGAUGAUGUCAUAUUUCGCUGCUCCUCAGUGGAAUUUGCUUUUCAUGUCUGGCGAACUGCACCAGAUGCAAUGGUUGGCUAUGUACCUCGAAUCCAUUGGCUUGAUCAAGAGAGCGGUAAUAGAGAUUACUACAUUUAUGGCGGAUGGUGGUCUGUCUGGUGGACGGGUACUUACAGUAUGGUGCUUUCGAAGGCAGCCUUCUUUCACAAGAAGUAUCUCAAUAUGUACACAUAUGAGAUGCCAGCAUCUAUCAGGGAAUAUGUGACUAGAAACAGGAAUUGUGAAGAUAUUGCGAUGUCUUUCCUCGUAGCAAAUGCUACUGAUGCUCCUGCAAUAUGGGUCAAAGGCAAAAUAUUCGAGAUUGGUUCAACCGGAAUCAGUAGUUUGGGAGGCCACACUGAGAAACGAACUCAAUGCAUGAACAGAUUCGCGGCUGAAUUUGGAAAGAUGCCGCUGGUGCACUCAACAAUGAAGGCUGUCGAUAGUCGGUAUAUCUGGUUCUGGUGAGUUCUGAGAAAAUCUGCAACUGGCGCACUUGAUUUCGGCUUCUUCCAGAAACAUCCAUUUCGUGUGGGUUACGCCACUCGGUCAGUUUGUACAAUGCCACAGUUCUACAUGAUUACAUUAGCCUUGUCAUAGAAGCUGGCUAGCUUUGUAAUGCCUCCUAGGUGGAGCUACAGUAAUGUCCCUAGCAUGAGUUACUGUAAUAUUGCCUUGUAACGUUUAUCUUCAAUUCUACGGUUUCUUGAUUGUGACAGCAUUUUGAUGCCCUCUUAACACCUCUAGCAAAAAUUGACUACAGUAGAAAGAACAAGCUUGAGUCGAUUGAACUUAGUCCAGGAGUUCUUAUGGUGAUUAAUUGUUGAUACUAAAUUCAUGGAAGCAUGAGAACU